AUCUGGAACCGGGCCUGUAAGUAACGUUAACUAACGUUACAGUAUCCACUGAAGUUAUCCACUAGUCCAAACACAAUUUUAUCAUUAUCAAUGUACGACAGCAAACAGAUAAUGUUACUGCAGAAGUUAUUAUUGAUAAUUAGGAUAAGCAAUCUAUCUACAGGAGUCUGCAGUUGCAUGUAAGUGUGUUUAUUUCAUUGUUUUACUUUGUUCAAGAGUGGUAUUCAUUGCUAGACUUGUGCUGUUUGUUUACUGUCUUGAACUCGCGUCGCUAUAUACGUAGGUUGGUGUCUAUGUGCUAUAUUGUUUUGACUUGUCCCAGGUUAUUCACUGCUAGAUUUAACGUUGAUUGUCCAUUGUGUGUAAAACUAUUGUGGUUUUUAGUGUUUAUAAACAGUGCUUCACUUGUUUUAGGGUAUUAUUUAUUGCUAAAGUGAAGCAUAAUUUAUUUGCAGUGCACGGAAGUCGCACUUGUCACCUCGUGCGACCCUUAGUUUCUGCGGACCACUUGACUAGCUUUGUUGUGCCAAGUAGCAUUAAGGCGUGUCCUGCUUUUUCACUGAAUGGCUCAUUAUCGUCGCGUAUAUAUUUGACUUGAAUGCUGACACGGAAGCGGCAGCGGAAGUGGUAGCCCUCGUGUAAAGCCCUCGUGUGAAGACCUACUUGGGUAAAGACCAGCGAGUCUGCCUGUGCGAGUCCACUGAGCAAGGACACCGACAAGGCGCCACUCAACAUAGCACUUAAGUAUCUUGUUAUUGUAUCUCUUUUAUUAUUUUCCUUCUAUAUACUAACAUGUCUACUUCACGAAUAACACAUGCCUUCAUGCACAUCCCUGUUAUCUGUUACAGACCGUUUACACGAUAUCGAUGCAAGACCAAACGCAACCCACACAACCUACGGCCACUUUGCAUUUCAGCACCUGCUCCGCUCUCUUUCUCAGUGGGAAUCUGGAACUGCCAGUUAGCUGUGAACAUCUCAGUGGGACUCUGGAACUGCCAGUCAGCUGUGAACAAAGCGGACUUCAUUCCAGUCUUUGCCACGCAGUCCACCCUCAGCAUCCUGGCACUGACAGAAACAUGGAUACGUCCAGAGGAUACAGCAACACCUGCUGCUCUCUCCAACAACUUCUCCUUCUCUCACACCCCUCACUCACACUGGGCGGGGGAUCAGGUCAGCUGACAAACUUUCUUGAGGAGUUGGAUGUCCUGCUGUCCUCCUUGCCAGAGGAUGGUAGGCCACUUGUAGUUCUUGGUGAUUUCAACAUACACCAAGACAAGCCCCAGGCCACUGAACUGAAUACUCUCCUGGACUCAUUUGACUUGGAAAAACUACACACCACAGCAACUCACAGAUCGGGCAACCAGCUGGACCUCAUCUUUACAUGCCAGCACGUGCUACACCACCCAGCCCCUGGCUGUCUGACGUCCUUCGUGAACAUCGGACUGACCUCAGGGCAGCUGAGAGGAGAUGGCGGAAAUCUAAAGAUCCAGCAGAUCUAGAACAAGCUGCUGGAUGAAAUCAGUCAGGCUUCAAAAGUGGACACUCCACCGAGACUGCCCUGCUGUCUGUCACUGAGUCACUGAGAUGGGCGAAAGCUGAAUCCAGAUCAUCAGUCCUGAUUCUGCUGGACCUUUCUGCAGCCUUUGACACAGUCAACCACCAGAUCGUACUCUCUACCCUCUCCUCGCUGGGCAUCACAGGAACUGUGCUUGACUGGUUUAAUUCCUAUCUCUCAGCCCAACGACACCACAGUGACUGCUCGAAUUUCUGCCUGCCUGGCGGACAUCUCAGCCUGGAUGAAGGAGCACCACCUGCAACUCAACCCAGCCAAGACUGAACUCCUCGUCUUUCCAGCCAACCCUGCUGUUGAACACAACAUCACCGCGCAGCUGGGUGCAACUACAGUAACGCCUUCCAAAUUGGUCAGAAAUCUAGGGGUAACCAUCGACAACAGACUAAAUUUCACAGACCACAUCUCAAAGACCACAAGAUCAUGUAGAUUUACACUCUACAAUAUCAGGAAGAUAAGACCCUUCCUCUCUGAACAUGCCACACAACUGCUUGUCCAGUCACUUGUCAUAACUAGACUGGACUACUGUAACGCUCUCAUUGCAGGCCUCCCUGCAAGUGCAAUUACACCCCUCCAAAUGAUCCAGAAUGCAGCAGCACGUCUGGUCUUUAAUGAACCAUAGAGAGCACAUGUUACACCACUCCUUGUCUCUCUCCACUGGCUGCCGGUUGAUGUACGUAUCAAAUUCAAAGCUCUGAUGCUGGCAUACAGAACAGUCACUGGAUCUGCUCCAGCAUACCUAAAAUCAUUUAUGCAGAGCUACGCAUCCACUAGAAGCCUGCGGUCGGCUAAGGAGCGUUGCCUUGUUGUACCAACACAAAGAGGCACCAAAACACUUUCCCGGACUUUCAGCUUCAUCAUACCACAUUGGUGGAACAACCUUCCCAACUCCAUCCGUGAAGCUGACUCACUCUCUGUCUUCAAAAAACGACUAAAAACACAUCUUUUCCAUGAGCACUUAACCAGUCAUUAAAAAAUAAAUAAAAUAAAUUCCUGUUGCACUUUAUUCCAUUUUAAAUACUAUUAUGAUGCUAGUGAUACUUUGUAAUACAGCACUUUUCAUACCACUGUCUCCUAAGAUGAUUCGCUUAUGUUUUCCUCUUUUGUAAGUCGCUUUGGAUAAAAGCGUCUGCUAAAUGAAUAAAUGUAAAUGUAUAAUUAACGUUAAUCUAACGUUAGCCAAGUUAGGUUAACGUUAGCUAACAACGUUAGCUGUCAGUCUCCUCGCUUAUGCUGACCGACAUAUCCGGCUGCUUGUCGUGAAAAACAAAGUAUAACGUAUGUAAUGUUAUAUCUAGCUAGCUAACUUUAGAUAAUUAUCUAAUGUUAUUACCAGUGGCUAUGACAGCGUAACUAUUUUCAGCAUCUGAGAAGCAAGUUGGCUCAUCAUGUAAUGUUAGGAUAUUUGUAAUGUUAACUAAUCAAGCUGAAGUAACGCUACUGUUUUAAGCUUAAUGUUUGUACCCAUGAUUUGUCAAGAAAUAAA